AGGAUAAAUGCAGAGGGACGGAGCGGAAGAGCUUUGCUGACAGGUGGAGGAGAAAACAUUUUACCUUUCAGCCAAAAGCGCGCAAAUGGACGACAGCAAAACGGCGCUGGUCGACAGCCUGAUCAUAUGGCUGCAGACCUUUGACACUCCUGCACCCUGCAGAACAGUGGAGGAGCUGACCACUGGAGAGGCAAUGUCACAGGCACUGCAUCAGAUAGACCCUGCCUGGUUCAGUGAAGGAUGGCUUGGUCGCAUCAAGACAGAUGUCGACGACAACUGGAGAUUAAAGAUGAACAACCUGAAGAAAAUCCUUCAGAUGGUGGUGGAUUAUUAUAAUGAGGUUCUGUCCCAGGAAAUCUCAGAUUUUCCCUUGCCAAAUCUUUCUGUCGUGGCCGAGCAUGCAGACCCAGUGGAGCUGGGGAGGCUACUGCAGCUCAUUCUGGGCUGUGCUGUCAGAUGUGAGCGCAAGCAAGAAUACAUCCAGAUAAUCAUGACCUUGGAGGAGUCUGUGCAGCAUGUUGUUAUGACAGCCAUUCAAGAGCUGAUGAGCAAAGAGACUGUUGCCCCGUUUGGAGCAGAGCUGCCGGGGGAUGUGGAACAGCAGCUAAAAAAAGCCCUGGAGGACCUUUCUGAACUUCUGGUGGAGAAGGAGGAUCUAGCACAGCGCUGUCAAGAACUGGACAUUCAGGUCGCCGUACUUCAAGAGGAACGAAACAGCUUAUUGGCUGAGAACGAUGUCCUAGCAGACAGAGCCAACCAGCUGGACACAUUUGACGAUCCGAGCACACCCUCAGGAAGGAAACACAGCCAGCUGCAGCAACAGCUGGAGACACUGCAGGAGGAAAAUUUCAGACUGGAGGCUGCUAAAGACGACUACCGGAUCCACUGUGAAGAGCUGGAGAAGCAGCUGAUCGAGGUUCAGCACCGCAACGACGAGCUCACCAGCCUGGCGGAGGAGUCGCGGGCUCUCAAGGACGAAUUGGAUGUCCUGAGAAACUGCUCAGACCGGGUUGUUAUGCUGGAAGCCUCCAUGGAAACCUACAAGCGUAAACUUGAGAAUCUGGGUGAUCUGAAGCGCCAGAUGAAGCUUUUGGAGGAAAACAACACGUUAUACAUGCAAAACACCGAGAGCCUGGAGAAAGAGCUCCGCAAGGCCAACGCUGCCCGUACACAACUGGAGACCUACAAGAGACAGGCUGGAGAGCUUCACAAGAAGUUGUCGGAGGAGACGAGGCGAGCAGACCAUCUGGUUUUUGAGAUGAAGAGAUUGGAGGAAAAGCAUGAAACCAUAAUGAAGGAGAAAGAGAGGAUCAUCGUUGAGAGAGACUCUUUGAAAGAAAUGAAUGAAGAGCUACGUUGCACUCAGGCUCAGCAGCACCAACUCUCCCAAGCAGGGAUACAGCCCUCUGAGAGUGACAGCCACGACAACCUGGCAGCUGAGUUAGUGCCCAUCCAGUACAGAGAGAAAUUCAUCAACCUGCAGUACGAGAAUAAGAUGCUGAGAGUGCAGCAGAAGGAGCAUGAGCAGGAGAAGAUUGCAGCUCUGCAGGCCCAGCUGGAGGAAUCUCAUAAGUCUUGCAGUGAACUGGAUACGGAUAACAGAUUGGGUCGGGAGCAGAUCAGCGAGCUGCAGCAGCAAGUGGAGGACCUCCAGAAGGCUCUGCAGAGCCAGGCAGCCAAACCUGACGACUCAAACUUGAAGCGGAAGCUUGACGCACACAUGGUUCAGCUGAACGAAGCUCAGGAUGAAAUCAUGAAGAAGAAAGAGCUCCUCGAGGACCUUCAGCCUGAUAACACUCAAACCUCUUUGAAGGUGGACGAGCUGAUGGCUGCUCUCAAGAAGAAAGACGAUGACAUGCGGGCCAUGGAGGAGAGAUACAAAAUGUAUCUUGAAAAAGCUCGGAACGUGAUUAGAGCACUCGACCCCAAACUGAAUCCUGCCACUGCAGAGAUUCAGGCGCUGAGGAUCCAGCUCGCGGACCGAGACGCACAGAUCCUCAAUCUGGAGCGCCAGUGUGAGCAAGCCAGGCUCCGAGAGUCUGAGGAGAAACUCAUUGUUACAGCAUGGUACAACAAGAGCCUGAGCUUCCAGAAAUUGGCCAUGGAGUCGCGUCUCGGGGGCUGCGCCGCCUCCACUUCAUUCCUGUCGCAGCAGCGUCAGGUGUCCAACGCCCCACGCCAAGCGCUCCCCAUCAACGUGCCUGCCACCUCUACCUCCAAAUAGAUCACAUGACCCCCACAUCUGAUCAUCUUCUCAGCCCCUCGGACACCUGGGCCCUCAAGUGACCUUACGCUCAUCUGCUUGCAGCUUAGUGGGAGGAAUCCGUAUGUAACAGGUUGUGGCUGUGGGUGAACGUUGCCCGCAAUCACUUCGACACAUCACAAUUGCCACGAUGGAGUCCUUUUUCUCUGUGCGACUCCAAAAUGAUAAAGCACACAAUCUUUUUAUGAAACAGAGGUGUAAUGAAAUAUGAAAAUAAAGCAAAUAAAAUUAGUGUGACCGUAUAGCGUACAUUUGUUGUACAAAAAUUAAGUAUAUCUUCCACAUUAUCCAUUAAAUGACAUUGAAAUUUCCUGAUAUUGACCAGGAAUUAAGUAAAGCACUAUCGGUUACUAAACGUGAGCUUUUUCUACUCAAUAAAAGGCAGCUCAGACCAAAUACUGUACUGGCCCGAAAAUAAGACAAUAUUUUUAUCCAGAAACUGUAUUCUCAAAAAUACUAUAUACUAUAAAAGUACUAUAAUCGAGAACUAGAUUGUCGUUACACAUCCGCGCCGCUAGAUGGAGCCAAAGUACCGGUGACCCGACAGAGAAUGAAGCGUCACAGUAAAUGAUGUCUGGUCACAGUGAUCUGAUUAAAAAUGGAGGAAGGUGAUCAUCUGGAAUGAAGGAGCUUGAACGCCAGACAAGUGAGCAAACAGAGGCAAAGUUUUGAUGCCAACUUUAAACUGAUAGUAAUCACUGCAGCAGAGUCAAACAGCUGCCAAGCCGCCAAGAGAUAUUAGACUGAGUUAUUAAUGCUCUUGAAGUUGAAUAGAACUUGAAUUCGGUGAUUAUAAAGCUAUUUACACCAUUAAUGUAGUAAUUGAACCUUUAUGGGUACUUAUUUGUUGCUUAUUCACUGAGUCAUAGCCUCAGAUUUUUAAAAGGGAAUAGUUUUUUAUUUAAUACUGCAGUAAUAUUUCUUGAUCUUCAAUCACAUGAAAUUUUAUCUGAGUUUUCC